GGAUUCAAUUUGAAUAACGUAACUUAUAUACAGGUACAGCUGCUGUCUUUAAAUGGGUUGAAAAUACGGUCGUAUUUAGCGAUUCAAUCCAAAUGUAUGCCCCACUGUUAAGCCCUGCUGUUGCGUUUUCGUUUUUUUACUGGUUAGUUGCUUUUUGUUUUGUUGUUGCGCCGACAGAGUUCCAGUCCAGUGGAGUAACUAUACAGAGUCUGUUUGCUUCGUGGCUUGGCAGCGAAAGCAUAGAUUUUGUAAACUACCACAUAAAACGGACGACAGCAACAACGUUAUUUCAUGCCAGCUUGCCGUUAGGUUAUUUCAUUGGGAUGACAUUUGUUGGUGAAUCUGGUUUGGAAUUCUUUGAGUUAUCUGAGUGGGCGAUCCAUACAGGAUGGCAGAUAUACUUCUACACAGCAUGCUCCCUGUUCAUUGGUUGUGCUACACUUGUAUAUUAUUGGCACAUGAAUGAAUGGUCAAAUCAUCCAAUCGCGAAGAACUUAUCUCUUUACUGUGAGUCCUGGAGAACUGGCUUGUUAGAAAUCAAUGCUGAGUUUAGAAGUAUCGAUAAAUACACCAGCGGACCUUCAGGAACCUCCAGGACGAUAGUUGUUGAUAACUGGAUUAUAAAAACUGGAGCUUACAGCGUUAAGUUUGUCCAUCAGGACCAUGUUGUUCUAUCGGUGGGCAAGACAGAGGAAUACCAGGUGUCUCCAGAUACGAUGACAACAGUGCAGUAUGUGAGGAUAAAUGUGAACCCAUUGAAACCACAAUCUGGCUUCAGUGUACGGAUACUGUCUACUGAGUAUUCAGACUUCAAAGCAAAACUUCGAACCGAGAUUUACACGCUACCAAACGUGACAAUACACCAAACAUCGGGUGAACUUUUCUUGUCUGCAUUUCGUGACCAAGUUGAGCAGAAUCCGCUGUAUGUGGUUGAUAGUGGCCUCACAUUUGGUAGUUGUAUUGGCUGCCAUGAUAAAGCUGCCAAUGUAAAGUUAACUAAACAAUGUGCGGAACCUGAUGACGGAGAUUGUAAAAGUUGUCAGUGUCCCCCUAUGUGGUGUUUGGAGUGCAUGGGACGUUGGUACGCAAGCAGACAAGACCAAGCAAGGCCAGAGUCAUGGCUGGGUGGUUUUGCAACUUGCCCGAUGUGUAGAUCACGAUUCUGCAUGUUAGAUGUAUCUGCUAUUCAUCAUACAUAAGUUCCAUAUCAUAGACUCUAACAUUAGCAUGCAGGAUAUUCUUAAAAUUAGGUUAACUAUGACUGGGCACCCAAUACAAAUACAAACAGCCACACAUGUGAGAUAAAAUGUAGAAUAAAACCAUAAACAUUAAAUGUGCAAUUAUUAAUGUGUUAAGUGGCAUAUACUGUAAUACAAAAACUUUUUCGGGUCUUUUGCAUACAUACAUACUUUCGACUUUUUGACCUUAUGGAUAUUUUCAGUUUUCCAAAGUAAUGUUUUGCAUAUUUAUGUUUCAAAACAUAAUGUAUGGAUGCUGCAUUGUAUAUUAUGACCUCUGUCACCAAUUCUGCUCUAACCAGUUACCAUCAUAUUCUUUUGCGCUUGCCAUUUCUUUGUAUAUUUGUAAAAACCAAAGCAGUUGCUUAUAUGCUAAGUUGUUGAUAUUUAUGGCGUGGUUAUUUAUACGUAAAAGUGCUUCUCAACCCCUAGGUCACCAUUUCAUUUAGUUUGGUCGCCUACUACAGUGGUUCACAAACCCUUUUGACUCUUAUUGUAAAAGUUAAGUAUUUUUAUUAUAUUCUUACAAAACGUUAUUAAAUGUUUAUGUAGUUUUAAUAUUUGGUUACCAAGGGUAUAUGUGUAAUAUUUUGGUGGAAGGUAAAAGGUUGAGAAGCACUGUACUGAAUGGAAGUGGAAUAAUUGUUGCGGCAAUGUUUAGUUUUUCUUGUAUGUUGGCAGUUUAAUGUAUUUUCAAUGUAAACGUUCGUUUUGUCGGAUACUAUUUCAAUUUAAAGUUAUUCUUUUCAUCCAGA